CGUACACGCACCCGCGCGCGCCGCCACCGCUACCGCCGCCGCCGCCGCCUCUGCCCAAAGGUGUACACUGUACAAGUGUACCGUACACCGUAAGCGAACAGUCCGCGCGUUAACAACCCAUGACGUCUCCUAUCAUACACUAAUAUUAUUAAUAUUCGUGUUAUUAUCUCCGUCGUCACUCUUCGCAAUAAUCACAAUAAUAGUAAUAAUAAUAAUAAUAAUUCGUCCGAUAAAAUAAUAAAAUAUAUGUAUAUAUUACAAUAACCAUUCGAUAAUAUUAUAAUUAUUAGUUUUAUCAUUUGUAUCGUUAUUCGAGUCAAUCGUACGCCAUCGUUGAUCGUGCGGGUCGAGUUGAUCGACGUCCGACAGGUCAGAACCGAUCUGUACGCGUUCGCCGCGGCUACAGCAUCCGCAACGAGCACUUUCGGCGGCGUAAGUACACGUUUUCGAGCUGUCGAGACUUGUUCGCGAGCUGUGUUUUUUUUUCUCAAUAUUAUCGCUGCCGACCGCUGUGUGUCGGUCGUCUGUGCGUGAUUUUUUUUUUUACUCCACAGUCCACAGUUGCGCGCGCGUCGAGUUGUCGUCGUCGUCGUCGUCGUCGUCGCAGUGCAUCCGCUCCUUUGUCGCCGUCCCUUCCUGUCCGCCGCGCGCAACCGCUCUCGACCGGUGUCCCGUGCUCGACAUGACCAGAACUUCGUAGUCAGUGAGUGAUUUGACGACGACGACCGUGUGCGGUGUCUUCGUGUCUCCGUUGGACGGUGUCAGGCGCCUAUCUAUACCUACGCCACUUGCGACGACGAGUUUUCGCAUUUUCGUUUGUGUUUUUCCACUGAUGUUGGCUGGACAACGUCGUGCAACAUGGUUAAAAGAUCUGAUGCAACUGAAACCAAAAAAAAUAGCACAAAACAUGAAAAUGCUAUAAAGUAUGGUGAACUCAUAAUACUAGGCUAUAAUGGCCAAUUGACGGCAGGGGACAAACGGAGGCGGCGUAGCAAAUUUGUGUUAUGGAAACGUGAUAUUGCUAAUGGAAUAAAGAGAUCAAAUCAUUAUGUUGUUCCGUGCCCCCAAAAUUCACAUGCUGUUCUUGAUAAAAAUCAACAUUCGAUUUCCUACACUUUAUCAAGAACGGAAGCUGUCAUAGUGGAAUAUGUAAAUGAUGAUACCACGGAUAUGUUUCAAGUGGGCAGAUCCUCGGAUUCACCUAUUGAUUUUGUGGUAAUGGACACUAAUGCUGAAAAGAAUGCAGCCGCCAUCAACAAUUUACCUGUUGUUGAUAGUAAAAAAACAGCUGCAGCAAGUACUAUAUCAAGAUUUGCUUGCCGUAUUAUAUGUGACAGAAAUAAUACAAAUAUAGCUCGAUUAUAUGCUGCAGGAUUUGAUUCUUCUAGAAAUAUAUUUUUAGGGGAAAAAGCAACUAAAUGGAAAGAUGGUGAAGAAAUUGAUGCACUUACUACAAAUGGAGUGUUGGUUAUGCAUCCAAGUGGAAAGUUCCAUAAGGGAAAUACAGAACCUGGGAUAUGGCUAGAAGUUUCGGUUUGUGGGAAACUUUUUUCCCUUCGGGGUUCUAGAUCAGCUCAACUUAAAGGUGAUAUGGUUGAAGAUUCUAAUAACAUUCUUACAGACGGGACAUUGAUUGAUCUAUGUGGUGCAACCCUGCUAUGGAGAUCAGCGGAGGGUCUCAGUUUAUCUCCUAGUAGAGAAUAUUUAAAAAAGCUGAUUGAAAGGACAAAUCGUGAACGGCCUACGUGUCCUGUUGGUCUAUACACAUUAGUUUUUCCUCAUCAUUCAGAAGAUCAUGCUGCUGCAGUGGCAUCUUCAGAACUUGCAGAUAUAAAGCAACAGCCAUAUGCAUACUUACAAUGUGGUCAUGUCCAAGGUCGUCAUGCAUGGGGAUUAAAUAAAGACUCCAAUAGUAGAACAUGCCCAAUGUGUUUAAAAGUAGGUGGAAUUGCCAAGCUGAGUAUGGGCAUAGAAGCUUCAUUUUAUGUACAAGAUAAGGAGAAACCAGAUUUAUAUGCCUUUAAUCCAUGUGGUCACGUGGCUACAGAAAAAACUGUGAAAUUUUGGGCAAAUGUUGGAAUACCCUAUGGGACAAACGGUUUUGAGGCAUUUUGCCCAUUUUGUGCAAAACUUCUUGAAGGAUAUCCGGGUUAUGUUAAGUUAAUUUUUAAUUAGUUUAAGUAAAAAAAUUUUUUCAAGUUAUUAUAAAAAUGAAUAGAUUCAUUUUUAUAUUAUUUAUUUUCCCUGAACCUGAAAGGUAGUGUGAUAAUGUUAGUUUUUUUUUUUUUUUUGUCAAAUUGUGAGUUUUACUUUUGUCCUUGAUUUUAAGGCAAUUUUUUUUUUAUUUGUAUUUUUUAAACUGAAUAACUAGGUUAUUAAAUUUUAUAGGAUUUUAAAACUAUUUUAUUGAACUAUUUUUGCCUUUUGCUUUUAGUCAAAUAUUUUUUUUAUUUUUUAUAUUAUUUGAUCACUUCUGCCUAUAUCACUGGUAAUCUCUAAUAAAUAAAAUAUUAUUUUUAUAAAGUAGUUU